UGAGCAUUCUAACUCUUAUGGGUGGUGUGCCAAAAAUUACCCAUAAUUGCGAGAGAGUGGAACAGAAAAUUCCCAGAAUUAUGUUGUCAAUCGGAUGAAAAUUGUGCCCCACUGAGGACAAAUUUGCGUGACGGACACUCAAAGUGAAGUGGACGGAGUCUUGUUGAGUAAUAUUUCCAUAUGCUUCAGUGUCUAUAUCAAUUAUUCAAGCGACAUUUAUUGCUGAGACAAUAAACAUUCAAGUGCUAUAGCCCUCAAUUUAACCUAUCACAGAGUUCCAGUGUUUCUCCCUUUGAUUACUCCCCAUUAAGAAUUUAGAAGGAAACAUGCACGAGUGAUGUUUGAAAGAAUUUCUGAGUAAUACCACUUCUUUUGCUCUCUGACACGCUGCAAAUUAUAUAAUAAUAACAGAAAAAUGUUUUUUUUUCACAAUCUUACACAUUGAGAAUAUGACUUUUCACCUACUUUAUUCUUUCAUCACUCUUUCUGUUCUCUUACAACUAUUCUUUAUAUUUCAUUUCUAUAUUAUCUGUAAUGUGUCUUUGAGUUUCAUUUUUUGUGUGAAAAUCAUCUCAACUAGCUGAGGAUAUUUGAUGUGUUAAUUUGAAAAUUUUUCUUUCUCCCAACUCCAACCCAAAUCUUCUGUGUCACCUUUCGCGUUCGACCCUUCAUGUCCCCCAGGCUAUUGCAGAGGUCGCGAGACCUUGCAGAAUCUCUGUGAGCAAAUCCCCGGCGAUGCCCUCCUCUUUAGUAUGUUCAAGGAGAACGCCGAGCCCGUCAAGUGUCCCCUCAAAGGACCCUUUACGUUCACCUACAAUCGGGGUCACGGCGAGUGCCGCAGUCCGGUGUCCAACAUCGAGAGCUGCACAGAGGACAGUCGUCUGCUGCUGAGCUUCCAGGCCUGCCCAGACGUGGCGGGCACGGAGAGCACUGUGGAGGAAUUAACUUGUUUGGCUACGUGGAAAGAUGGUAAUUCGAGGUAUUUGGUCGGAUUAGUAUCACACCACCACGCAACGUCCAACGAGGAGAAAUAUCGGUGCUUUGUGUACGAGAAAACCUCCACCGGAAUGGGACUCUCGUCAAAAGAUGCAGCUUACAAAUUGGCGCAGUCUGGAGAUGCCACAUGCAAUGGACUAGACAGUGCUGAAGUCGGCUCGCGCAUUAUGACCCUGAGGAAGGCCCCGCCAGCGGAGAGAUGUGACUUCCCAGCGUGGUUCAAAGGACCCAAGCAUUGGCACGCACUUCAGGGAAAUGUUGGCUACACAUUUCAUCAAAGUGAUGGAUCAAUGCACAUUACACGGCAGAGCGGAGCGAUGGAGACUCGAGCUCUGUGUGAGCAAAUUAACAAACAAACCCCAACGGAAAUGAUGGCUGUGGUGCACUACACAACAGGCUGCCAAUCGGGAUUUAUGUGCAUGAUGUUCUAUCGACGAGACACUCACGUUGCCGAGAUACAAAUGGGUUCUGCGGCAUCAAGACUCGAGGAUGCUUGUGCUCCGGAUCACUUUGACAUCAACAAAUUGCCCCACAUCACACUUUUAGCCAUCAAUCCCGAAUCGGAGGUCUGUCCCUUGGAGGGUCUGUAUCCCGUGCGGGGGGCCAUCGGACCACCCUAUGCGGCGUCACGUCAUAAGAGGAAUCACAGCAACAACAGCAAAGGACACAUCCACGGACAUCACCAUGAGAUCAAUUCUCAUCGAAGACAUGGAUCUCUGAGCUUCCGCAAUUCAGAAGAAAUCAACGAUGGUGGCUCUUGGCAUCGCCAGACUCGUGGAAUUGCCGUCAGAGAGCGACGCAGUGUGAAUCCAGAGCGCGGUCGCUCACGCAGAGACAGUCCGACGUGCGUGAUCAACUACAACUCGCCUAGACAUCUUCUCAUUGGGUGCUCAGAGCCGAACGUGAUCGAAGUGCGACCGACGUGUAGCGAUGAGGGUGAUGAAAUGUACACUUGUCAUGGCUCCUGGUCGGAGAAUACAACGGUGUUCGUUGUGGCCAGGCAUGUGGGAACUGCACACGGGGUUUGUAUAACGUACAAGCCAAUGGAGAGCAGUUCGGCGCAGCUCUUCGUGGGCGAUUCUUGCUACCGAAGCAGUGUCAUGUCAGCCACUGGAGUCAGUCUUAACCACCUCCUUGUGGCCAAUCUCACUGUUCAUGAUAAAUCUGGAAUGCUGGACAGAGAGGCUAAAUGCUCCGAUACGAAUUCAUCAAGUUUGCCCACGAAUCACUGGAUUCUUAUUUGUGUCGUCGCGUCUGCGUCAAUUCUAGCUAUCUACUCCCUAAGUUGACUCCACCAAGACUAUCC